UCAACAACUUGCUUCCCACUAAUCUCCACCAAAUUCCAAUAUUACCCCUCCUCUCUUACUGUACCCUUCUUGACUCCCUCCAUCUCUUUCUCCUAAUAAACCAAGCUCUGCAUAUUUUAUCCUCCAUCUUUAUCACUCUUUUUCUCAAAGCUUACACCUUUUUCCUUUGUGUUGCUAGAUUCAACCGAAAAAUGAGCCGUUUCAGGAGAUUUGACCUUAUUGAGUACUCUCCUUCUCCUUCUUUCUUCCUUAAAGAAUCCUCAUUUCUCAGCCCCAAAACCCUACUUCUAAACCCCUCAUUCCACAUUGAAGAUGAGCUUGACACCACUCUCGAUCUCCUUUGCCCUAACACUUUCACACCCACUACACUUCUCGAUCUCGCCUCCCCCUUUGACGACGUUGAUACCAUCACUGAUCUGAUCCAAAUCGAAAGAACCCCUUUUUAUACCUCCACUCGCCGGGUUCAUCGCCGGGUCGGACUCGGUACUGAGUUGCAGAGUCUGUCUGACCGAGUCUCUGAACUCGAGCGGCUGUUCAUUGAGGAGAAGAAGAAGAAGAAGAGCAAGAAAGUUGGUGAGAGGAAGUACACGUGGACGGCUGAGAUCAAGAGCCCCGAGAAGGACGGGGUUGAUCGGAAGUACAAGUGGAUUGCUGAGGUUAAAGAUGGUAAAAAGAAGGGUGCUUUGGAUAAAAGUUACAAAUUUACUGCUGAGAUCAAAGGGAAGAAUGAGGAUUCACGUACCUACACUUUCAAAGCAUCAAAUGCCGGCGGUGAUGAUUCUGAGAGUGAGAAAAAAGAGAAGAAAGAUAACAAAAAGAAGAAAUGUGAAAAAUCUGAGGGUUCUACACGUAUAGUUGAGAUUGAAGAGCCAUCCGAUCAUGGGGCCCUCGUCUUAAGACAGGUAUUUGCGAAGAGGGUGGAGAAGAGAAGGGGAAAGAGGAAGGAGAUAUCACCACAGGAUGCAGCAUUAGCUAUUCAGAUGAGCUUCAGGGCUUACUUGAUUAGGAGGUCGCAAGCACUGCGUGCGCUGAGGGAACUGGCCAUUGCCAAGACUAAGUUGAAGGAGCUAAGGGCUCUAUUCAACAACUUCACUUACCGACGUCGUGUUGCCCGUGAUGCUGAGGAGCGUCAGAGGUUCUCUGAGAAGAUUAUUGUGCUGCUUCUCACUGUUGACGCCAUUGAGGGUGCCGAUAUAAUGGUGCGAUCUUCAAAGAAGUCAAUGGUGGAUGAGUUAGAAGCAAUGCUUGAUGUUAUCGACCCCCAACCUGGCGGGAGGCCUAUAUCGGUUGCUAGGAGGAGAACAUUUGAUAUGCCUGAUGGUGCCAUUCAGAAGGAACUUGCAGCUGGUGUUGCUCAAGUUGUUCAAAUGCUUGACGAGUCCAAUGCUGCUGAAUCCUUUGAAGCAUGCUUAUGAGUCUACUAUGACAUGUGAGAUUCCACUGGUCUUUGGGGUUGCUGGUGUUGUAUGUUCUAAGUAGGACUGACGAAGGUGUGAAACUACUACUACUACUACUGUUGUUACCUUUCUUUUAUUCUGGAUAAUGGAGAUUAUAGCUAGUAUGUCAUCCUCUUCUUCUUGCAUUUUCUGGUAUGAAGUUAUCACUUGGCUUAACUCUUCCCACUUGUAGGGAUAUUGUUGAUGCAUAAUGAUCAUAUCAAGUGUUAUGCUUGAUGUUUCCUUUGUAAUCCACAUGUAUUUCAAUAUUUUGUGCUCAGACAAUGUGCACUAGCAUUUCUUUAGUUAUUAAUAAUGUGUGAAACAGGAAUCGUGAUUUCUAUCUGA